ACUUCCGCUCUUUCUCAUCCACAUCACAAACAAACUAUCUCACUAAAGUUCUCAACUUUCACUACAAACCCACACUCUUAAACCCAACUCAAACCUCAAAUUAAGCUACCAAACCUGUCCGAUUUCUUCAAAACAAGUAAUACCCAAGUCUAGAAAUUCUCUCCAUUCGUAAAGUUCAUAUCUUUUAAGGUGAAACCAUGGCGGGAGUUGCAGUGAAAGUAGAAGAAAUUGUAGCAGGCACAGGCGGUUCAUCUUCUUCGUCUUCUUCAACCUUGUCACCGCGGCCGAUGGAGGGCUUGCACGACUUGGGUCCGCCGCCAUUUCUUACGAAGACGUUUGAAAUGGUGGAGGACCCUUCAACAGACCCCAUUGUUUCCUGGAGCAGAGCUCGCAAUAGCUUCAUUGUUUGGGACUCUCAUCAGUUCUCCUCGACUCUUCUUCCUCGCUACUUCAAGCACAACAAUUUCUCGAGCUUCAUUCGCCAGCUUAAUACAUAUGGUUUUAGGAAGGUUGAUCCGGAUCGAUGGGAGUUUGCGAAUGAAGGGUUCCUUGGAGGGCAGAGGCAUUUGUUGAAGACCAUCAAGAGGAGGAGGCAUGUGUCGCAGAGUCUGCAUGAAGGUGGAGGAGGAGCUUGUGUUGAAUUAGGACAGUACGGGCUAGAGACUGAGCUUGAAAGGCUGAAGAGGCACAGGAAAGUGUUGAUGACCGAAAUAGUGAGAUUGAGGCAACACCAACUGAAUUCAAGAGAACUGUCAAGUGCAAUGGAGGAUCGGGUGCAGGCAACUGAGAGGAAACAGCAACAGAUUAUGAAUUUUCUAGCUAAGGCACUCAAGAACCCAUCUUUUCUCCAGAACUUUGCUCAGAAGAGAGAAUUGGUUGGUGUUGAAAUUGGUCGAAAGCGGAGAAUAGCUGCCAGCCCAAGUGUGGAAAAUUUGCAAGAGGUGCCUACAGCGUAUGUUCUGGACAUGCCCGGAAGUCAGGAUCAGGGAGAGUUGUCACCCAUGGAGUCGGAGUUUGAGUCACUUUUCUCAGCUGCUGUAUUGGACAAUGAAUCAAUCAGUGAUAUCAAGGGCUCUAAUCUGACUUCAUUACCAACUAGUGGUGGCAAUCUGGGCACUGUGAAUGAUACAACUUGGGAGGACUUGUGGAGUGAACAGCUCAUUGGAAAUCCAGAGGAAGAGGUUGUGAUGGGAAAUGAUUCUGAAAUCGAUGUGGAUGUGGAGGAUCUAGUUGCUGAUCCUACAGAGUGGGGUGAGGACUUGCAAGACCUUGUUGAUCAAAUGGAUUAUCUGAUCAAUCCCAAUCCUUGAGGAAGAUAACCAAAUACCAAUUACCUUAUGAUGAAGAUGUUAUGUUCGGAAUAGUUGGCCCCUGCAACACCAAUACACCAUUCCUUGCUGAUCAUAAAUUGCAGGGAAUGGUGGCUUGCGAUGGGGCCGAUACUUGUUGCUGUUUUAUGUAGCUUUGCAAUUAUCAUUUGAUUUUUCAAUAUAUUGGUACUCCUUAUUCUAUUAUGUUCUGUUUUGAUUUGGUUAAUUUUUGUUUGCUGCUUCGCAGGAGAAGGAAAGCCUAUGGAGUCGAGUAAGGAGGGCUAAUUGGACUCAUAUUUUGAGCUUCACACUGGAGUCGCGGCCUGUAUUCGCAUUUGUUCAUUCAUGUAGUGAUGUAGUUAGCAGUUAACUAACUUAGUAUGAGUACAUAAGAGCAGCGUCCAUAUUGUAGUGAUGUGGAUAGCAGUUAACUUGGCAUGAGUACAUAAGAACCAGUCCAUAUAGUUUCACCAGUGUGGAUGUUGUCGAGUUCACGAUUUGGAAAAUUGUAUGAGCAUGUUGUGUACCCAAAUCUGGUCUGUAACUUCCAGUG